AUUGCAAUUUUUAGCAUUUGUCAUUUAGCGGUAAUGACAAAUGCUAAAAAGAUUAGUAUCUGAAGUUGUGCGUGCUUCAUUUGUUGAGUAUUUCGACUUGAACAUUAAUUACCCAUGGAGUAAAAAACAAAAACAAAAAAAACUUUUAAAACUAUUUUUUUCCUCUCCACGAACUUGAAAGGAAAGAUAUAAGGUCCUUUUGAUCAAAGGGGCUGAUUUAGCAACGGAGAGCUACCUUUUCCCUGGUCUGUUGGAUUUGCUUUCCUGGGUGUGUUUUUCUCCAUCGUAAACCAUUAUGGAAGCUCCGACGUCUAUUAGCUCCACAUUCCUGAAAUUCCACAGUUCUGAUGUCACAAGGGACAGAUCACACAUUUUCUCUUUAAACCUAUACGCUCCUUGUGUCUCUUGGGCGAUUUAUUAUCUAAAUUAACAUAUUCUAAUUACCAGAAACACAGUAAAGAGAUCAAAAACUAGCUGCUGAUUCCUAGGCAAGUUUUUCAAAGUAUGUAUGUGCGCGCGUACUUUUUUUAAUACAAAAAAAGUUGUUAAGUUAUUUCCACCCCACACAAAAGUAGUCCUUGUGUGCGCUAUACAAACUUUGCAAUUUAAGCUUCUUUCUAGCAGAGUAAAACGAUUCUAUAUUUGAAAAAAAAAGACUCGAUGUAGAGGAUUACGCACAGUAAGGGAACUUUCUUUGCAUUGUGGAAACCAUUACAAUUGUAGGGCUUUGGGAUCUAUGCGCUAUACGUAACCGAAGGAAAACGACAUGUAACCUGUACUGGAAGCCUGUAUCUAUUAAUGUCUUUGGGCAUGGGACAGUCAUUUUCACCUGUAGUGUUCUUUGGCUGGGGGACUGUCCUUCAAGACCAGGAAAAGACUUCCUAAAGCGAAGAGGCACACGUGGCGAGGGUGGAUCUGUUUCGAAGGCCCCUCAGCCAUGCCCUUCCGGAUCAAACUCCGUCGCACCAGGCGCUAUAACGUCUUGAGCAAGAACUGCUUUGUGACCCGCAUCCGCCUACUGGACAGCAAUGUCAUCGAGUGCACACUGUCAGUGGAGAGCACCGGCCAGGAGUGUUUGGAGGCUGUCGCUCAGAGACUUGAGCUGCGGGAGACACACUAUUUUGGUCUGUGGUUCCACAGUAAAACGCAGCUCCAGCGAUGGGUGGAGUUGGAGAAAGCCUUGAAAAAGCAGCUGGACAAAUUUGGCAACGAGCCUCUUCUGUUCUUUGGUGUAAUGUUCUACGUGCCAAAUGUUUCUAGACUUGAACAAGAGGUCACAAGGUAUCAGUAUUACCUUCAAGUUAAAAAGGAGAUUCUUGAUGGACGAAUGCCAUUUUCAGUAGAACAAGGGAUCAGGCUAGCUGGCUUAGCUGUACAAGCUGAUUUUGGGGACUAUAAUCAGUUUGAGUCCCAGGAUUUCCUCAGGGAAUAUGUCCUGUUUCCAGUGCACUGUGAGCAGGACCAAAGGACACAUGUGAAAGUUGGAAAGAGAGAUUUAGGACAAAGGAUAGAAGACCCUUUUCAAAAAAGAGAGAAAUGGACCCAAGAUGAAGAAGUAUUAGAAGACCUGACUCAGAAAGUAGCUCGGGAACACAAGAGCCACUGUGGAAUGCCACCAGCAGAAGCGGAGCUACUUUACAUUAAGGAAGUGGAACAGCUGGAAGGCUUUGGGCAAGAAAGUUUUUCUGCAAAGGAUAACCUUGCAAAUGAUAUUUACCUUGCUGUUUCCUUCAUGGGAGUGUUUGUCAAGCACAGGAAUGGUAGAUCAACCAGCACAUACAGAUGGAAUGACAUUGGUAAUAUCACACACAACAAGUCAGCAAUUACCAUAGAGUUAACAAACAAAGAAGAGACUAUCCCAUUUCACAUGGAUGAAAUGGAAAUGGCCAAAUACAUUUCAAGACUGUUCACCGCACGACACAAAUUUUAUAAACAGAACAAAAUAUGCACAGAACAGUCGAAUUCCCCUGCACCAAUCAGGAGACGGCAACCUUGGAACAGGUCAUUGCCAAGACCAUUUAUCCUGCCACCUAUACACAGCCAGUAUGGAGAGCAUUACCAAGAAACUCGCACCUCACAAGACAGCAUUUUCCUCGAUGAAAGGUCCUACUAUAGGUCCCAGACUAGCUUGGAAGGGUGUCCAGUCGACUUCUACACAGUCACGAAUGGCAGUGUGUAUAGCGCACCCAGUAUGAACUCUCUCAACCAUUCCCAGAACUUCAUCCAGGCUUCUCCAAUGUCCUCCAACCUCAGUAUUCCAGGCAGUGACAUCAUGAGACCAGACUACAUUCCCAGCCAUAGACACAGUGCCAUAAUUGUUCCCUCUUACCGACCUACCCCAGAUUAUGAGACUGUUGUACGGCAUCAAAGGGGUAUCCACAUAGACUGCCAGAGCCAGUCCCUGAGGAAUCUCAACAUCAGGAACUCCUACGCCUAUGGCCAGCCUGAGGGCAUGGUGUACAGUCAGCCCGAAAUACGAGAGCGGCCCCAGUACCCAUAUCCUUAUGGGCUUCCAGUCGACUAUAACAAUCCUGUGGCCCCCUCUGCUCAGAUGAACCCCAACAGCUCUGCACAAAGCCAUGCAGCAGCAAAUGCCAUUUCUCACACAGUCAGCACUCCAGAGCUAGCCAACAUGCAGCAACAGGGCACUCAAGGCUACAAUACAGCCCACAUGCUGAGGAACCAUUUCUCCAGGCCACCACCUCCAUAUCCGCGUUUCCGGCCUGCCACUAGCACGCCAGACCUAGCCAGCCACAGGCACAAACCCGUCAGUGGCAGCAGCCCAGAGCCAGUAAUGCGCAAGGUCCAGUUGUCCGUAAAGACCUUCCAACAAGGCAGCUCCCCAGUGGUCCACCAGCCCCCACAGGAAGUCAGUGAGCCACUCACUGCUGUCAAGCACCACCCAUCAGUCAACAAGCGCCACAGCCUGGAAGUGAUGAGCUGCAUGGUUCGCGGUAUGGAGGCUGUGACUUUGAAGACAUUGAACGCACCUCUGCCUCGCAGGAACACGCUGAGAGAGCAGGUCCAAUCAGAAGAACCGGUUCAAAAGGUCCAAGAGGUUAAGCAGCCUCCACAGUACCAGCACAAGAAGACCUUGUCUAAUGCUACCAUGCUGAUUCACAGCAGCGACAGUGAAGAGGAAGAGGAGACCCCAGACUAUGACGUGCAGAUACCAGGGCUAAAUGAAGACAUCAGUGCUCAGCUGCAGGCGGCUUUGGCCAAAAUCCCCAACAAACCCCCACCGGAGUACCCAGGGCCAAGAAAAACGGUCAGCAAUGGAACUCUCAGGCAAGACCAUCUGAAUCAGGUCUCGGAGGAAGCUGCCAGGGCCAGGAUGAUGAGGGCUGGCCAGAGUCAGGUCAGCAGCCUCUCUCGCACUGACCAGGUGACACUAAACGGUCCUUCACUCGGACCGUCUAUUUCGGAGCCUGACCUGACCAGUGUGAAAGAGCGUGUCAAGAAGGAACCAGUUAAGGAGAGACCUGUGUCUGAAUUGUUCUCUAUAGAAGACAGCAUUGUGGAGAGGGAAAUAAUGCAGAGGAAUUUAGAGAAGCAGAAGAUGGACUCCCUUAAGAGGCCGUUGAUGAUGGCUGCGCUUAAUGGUCUCUCUGUGGCAAGGUUGCCGGUUCCUGAGGACAACCAGGAGGACACUUCCAAAGUGACAACAGAUGAAAGGUGUAAAAUUCUGGAAAGGAAGCUCAAAGAGGAAAUGGUCUUCACAGAAUACGAGCAGAUCCCAAAGAAGAAAGCUGAUGGCGUUUUCACCACGGCAGUGAUGCCAGACAACGCAGAGCGAAACCGCUUCCGGGACAUCGUUCCCUAUGAGGAAAACCGUCUUGAGCUUGUGCCAACCAAAGAAAACAACACCGGCUACAUCAAUGCCUCCCAUAUCAAGGUGAGCAUCCGCAGCGAGGAGUGGCACUACAUUGCCACACAGGGGCCCCUGCCAAACACGUGCCAGGAUUUCUGGCAGAUGGUCUGGGAGCAGGGAGUGAAUGUCAUAGCCAUGGUUACAGCUGAGGAGGAGGGUGGAAGGCCAAAGAGCCAUAGGUACUGGCCUAAACUAGGCUCCAAACACAACUCAGCAACCCACGGCAAGUUCAAGGUGACAACCAAGUUCCGCACAGAUUCUGGUUGCUAUGCAACCACAGGUUUAAAGGUCAAGCAUCUUUUGUCUGGGCAGGAGAGGACCGUGUGGCACUUGCAGUACACUGAUUGGCCGGAUCAUGGUUGUCCUGAAGAAUUGCAAGGAUUUUUAUCCUAUCUGGAAGAGAUUCAGUCUGUGCGUCGUCACACCAAUAGCAUGCUUGACCCCUCGAAGAGCAACAAUCCACCCAUUGUAGUGCACUGCAGUGCUGGGGUGGGCAGGACUGGAGUGGUCAUUCUCACAGAACUGAUGAUCGGCUGUUUGGAACACAAUGAGAAGGUGGAUGUCCCCAUGAUGCUGGAGUAUCUCAGGCAGCAACGCAUUUUAAUGGUCCAGACUAUCACCCAGUAUAAAUUUGUCUACCAGGUUCUUAUUCAGUUCCUCAAAAACUCCAGACUAAUAUAGAAUUGAGACCAAUCUGUCUGCCAUUUGACUGCUAUUGUACAUCGGUCCUAAAUACUUCAAACCUUGUACAUUUCACUUGUCAUGUUAAUAGCACCUUGUUACAUAUAAUCUGUCUGAACAUCAAUAUAUUACUUGAUGUUCUGACAUUAAGAAUAUAUGCUACUUUCUUACUAAUGUCCUUCAUAAUAAUGUAUACCUUUAAACAUAUGAAUAACACUUCUUAGUAUAGUAAAGUAACGUUUAGUGCUCUCAGCCUAUAUAUAUUUAGGUGAAAUGUUUUAUACUGUAGUAAAAAGAAAACACACAGUACUUCAUAUAUAAAUCAAGCCAUUUUGUCAACGCAAAUUUUCACUUUUUUAUUUUCAGGCAAUAAUGUCAAAAGUAAUAGGCUCUCCUGUUGCAUUCCUCAUUCCCAUUGUUUUAAGACACCUUAGGGCCAAAUUGAGUUAACUUUUAGCUUUUUUAUGUAUGUGUGUGUGUGUGUGUCAAUGAGGAUGCAUGCAAUAAAACAAAAACAAUAAAUUAACACAUUAUUAAGAAACAAUUAAAAAGAUGCUCUAUGUAUUACAUUGUAUGUAUGACUUUGUAUUUCCCCCCCCUUAGCCUUAUAAACCAAUUUAACCUAUAAAAGUGUGCAGGUUCUGUAGACAACAAUAACAAACGCUGUUUCCAGUCUUUUGGUCUUAGCAUUUCAUUUUACAAAAUAAUUUAAACAAAUGACACUUUGUUUGCAGACUGUCCUCCGUUAUGCAUGUCUGUACUGUUCUUGUGCUAAAAAACAAAACAAAACAUGAAACAAUAACACAGGUCUUACAUUUUCCAAUGUCACUUUUAACCUGUAUCAAUUUGCAUUUAUGAUAGUUACUAAAGAUAUUUUACUAGCUUUUACUAGCAUUUUGUAUUCACCAUUUCGGGUAAUGUUGCUGUCUGUGUAUCUGUAAUGACGUUGCCAUGAAAUAGAGACUUUUCAGUGGCUUUGAAUCAAAACCUUUUAAUAAAAAUGGAAAAACAAACAGUAAUGAUGCAGGGACAUAUAUUACUUAUUGAUUAACAAUUGAAUUUCAAAGUGAAAAUAGAGACGAGAACAUCACAUUAAAUGGCACUGUUUUAAACACUUUGUGGUCCAAUAGAGGUCAGUAGAACCACCUCUAGAGAAAAAUAAAGAAAUUGCAGGAUGCUUUAAAUUGGGUAAACAUCACUGUAAUUGUGAGAUAAUGCCUUGUACUUUGUAUCUGCAGUUCAGAUGUACUCUAACUACAUUUUAAGUGACGUUUAAAAUCUUUACUCUGGUAUAAAGCAAUUUUAUUUGUAAUUUCAGUCUUUACAAAUUAUUACACUAUGCAUUCCUACAGUUUGUCUAACUUAACUGCUUCUGUGUGUUCUCACUCGAUUUGAAGUUAAAUUGUUGGGUUUCAUAUACAGACAAACUGUACAAAACUACAGUAUUUAUGAUAGUUCAACUACAAAAAUAAUAAACUACCGUUGUAAAUGUAAACGACUGGUCAAAACUGCCCUAUCAAUACAGUGCAAUGUUGGAACCAAGAAUACAUUGUCUACAUUGAUUAUUUCUAUUUCUAAAGGGAACUGGUAUCCAUACAUUGUGUCUCAUUAGCUUCCCAAUUUAACCUAGAGACAGGACGUCAAGCCUGGGUUAAUUUUAGUUAAUCAAUUAACCAACAUAUGAAUACAAAGUUCCCUUAUUUAAGUAACCAAUCAACCUGCCCUUGUUCUGUCGCCCUGAAUUAUCGUGAUUUGAAAAAAAAAAAAAUUGUUAAAUGUCAUGAUCAUUUAAAAAUCAAAUUUAACAUUUAAUUUUACUUAAAGCCAUUACACUUGUUAGUGGUGUUCACAAAGGUGAACUUGCCAGACAAAGCGUAUCAUUUAAGAAGUGAUCCAUUUGUAUGUUAAUAGCUAUACUAUAUCCACUUGUAUAUCUUAUGAACAUUAUAUUUAAAUUAAUUUGGGUAAUUUAUACCUGGAAUUGUCUACCGCGUACUAGUAUUCUGCGAUUUUUGGGUUGUUAGGCCUGGAAUAUUGUAAACAGUUGUCCCCUGUAUAUAAUCCAUGUUUCUGCUCCCGAUCGCCAAUGCGACUGCAUAGAACGUCUUCCGGGAGCUACUGUUUUUACAUUGCUGUGGCGCUGAUAAAUCACAGUGCAGUAAUGGAAUUUUUUAUCCAUAUCCCUGAACCAGGAUGAACAGGGAUACCAUGAGGGGAAGCAGAACAUAAUGUAAUAGAUCACUUUCACUACAUAUACAUUGAGUUUGGUGUGUGGACACAGUGCUGUCAAAAUGUUACACCUCUCCCAUGAAAGACAGUCAUUUUAACCUGAAUAAUGGAGUGCCUUAGACAGCAAUACAGAGUGGAUCAUGGUGCCAACUGUGUUAUUGCCUCAGUCCGAUUUUGUCAGUCAGUAAAUGUUGGAGUCAGCUAAUAAAAAAUAUCACAAAUUAAUUGGAAAUAGUAUUUAUAUUUUUUAUUCAAAUGCAAAUUUAAAAAGGUAAAAACAUAGUCUGCUCAUUUAUUCUUUUUUUUUUCUUUUAACCCCUAGAUGACACACAUUUUAAUCAAAAACAAUUGCCACUAACCCACUUAAUGUCAAAAUAUAACUUUCUGAAAGAAUAUUGUCUUUUCUGAAAGAAAAACGUCUUUUCAGAAUGUUCAUAAAGCACUGUGGUCAGGCUAAGGGGAGAAAUACUUCACCUUGAAGCUAUCUUGGGUCACAGGUAUGAAUUGAGUUUGGUGGGAACAGCCACCAGCAUCUCAAAACCAAUAUAAACCUUACUUUGGCACAAUUAAAAGUGUCUGCACAGGCAAAUCUUGGGGAAUAAAUAGCAGAGAGGAGAGAAGAAAAUACAGGAGAGAAUACACAGAUAAUACCAUGUCUAGAGCAAAAGCUAGUCGCCCUUUCCCAUUUUAUAAGCAUUAACUUUGCUUACCAACCACAUAGUGUUUAAUAGUGAAAGCAUUCAAAGUCAUCAGAAACAGUUUGAUAACUGAUGACAUCAAAGACAUUUCGAUUGUGGGACAGAGGAUUAGUUUCUCAAGAUGUUUUAAAUGUUAUUUUCAUAUAAUUAUUUGUAUUAUUAUUAUUAUUAUUAUUAUUAUUAUUAUUAUUAUUAUUAUUGACGUUGUUUUCAAAAGAAAGGCAGCGACAAAAUCCUACCAUCCAAACACUUUUUGGAUGUUGCAAGCAGUAGCCUAAAAGUGACAUAAAAAUGUCUGUUCAUAUAUAUGUAUUUUUAAUGUAUGUGAUGUCAAGAGAGUUGUGCAAGAUGAGCAGAAUGAGUUGUUUUGAAUGUUAUGAACUUUGUUUUAAUAUUAUGAUUCUAAAAUCUUUUAACCAUGCAUGCUGUUUUUAUACUCUAAUGUAUAGUUACUCGAAUCGGUAUAUAAGAUUAUGCUUGCCAGUUAUAUGUUGAUAUAACUGAAAUUGUUGACAGUAUUUUUUUGCACUGUAUCCAGAUGCAUUUCUCUUCUUUUUGUAUUUGUUUAAAUAUUUUGACUCCUGCCUUUUCACUGGUAGAACAUCUAACUAACUUUCACAGACCAUUUUAUUCUUGUGUAGAAUUCUUUUUUUUGUAUAUGCUUUUACUUUUGUUUCCUUGUUUACAUUUAAUGUAACAAACCUUUUUGAAAAAUACCUCUAUCAUUCCUACUCACAACAUGCAAUAAAACAUUAUUUAGAUUUUU